AUGGAUUGGUCUUCCUCUUCUCUCGCUGUUGACGAUGAGUUUGAGAAGCUCGCGAUGAGAAUUAACCCUCCAAGGGUUACCGUUGAUAAUACCUCAAGCAGGAAAGCCACUUUGAUAAAGGUAGAUAGUGCAAAUAAGCGUGGGAGUUUGCUGGAGUUGGUUCAGGUUCUGAAUGAUUUAAAUCUCAUUAUAAGACGAGCUUACAUUUCGUCAGAUGGGGAAUGGUUCAUGGAUGUAUUUCAUGUCACUGAUCAACAGGGGAAUAAGCUCUCUGAUGAUGGAAUAGCUGAACGCAUUCAACAGUCACUAGGACCAAGAGCACGGAGCUUCCGUUCCUUGAGAAGGUCUGUGGGUGUCCAAGCUGCCGCAGAACACACCACUAUUGAAUUGACAGGAAGGGACAGGCCAGGCUUGCUGUCUGAAGUUUUUGCUGUUCUUUCUGAUCUCAAAUGCAAUGUGGUCACCGCAGAAGUCUGGACUCACAAUUCAAGAAUGGCAUCAGUUGUUUUCAUCACCGACGAGGCAACUGGGAGGCCUAUUGAUGAUCCUGACCAUCUUUCUAAAAUAAAAAAACUUCUCCUUUAUGUGCUUAAGGGGGACAGAGAUAAGCGCAGUGCCAACACUGCUGUUUCUGUGGAUUCCACACAUAAGGAAAGGAGGCUUCACCAGAUGAUGUAUGCUGAUCGUGAUUAUGAUAUGGAUGGUGCUGAUUGUGGAUCAGCCAGUGAUCGAAGCAAACCUCUUGUAACUGUUGAAAAUUGUGUAGAUAAAGGAUAUACUGUUGUGAACUUAAGGUGCCCAGACCGUCCUAAGCUGCUCUUUGAUACUGUAUGCACCUUAACAGAUAUGCAAUAUGUGGUAUACCAUGCAACUGUGAUUGCUGAAGGACCUGAGGCUUAUCAGGAAUAUUAUAUCAGACACACGGAUGGCUGUCCUAUUAGUUCUGAAGGAGAAAGGCUGAGGGUUAUCCAUUGCUUGGAAGCAGCGAUUAGAAGGCGGACGUCUGAGGGUAUAAGACUAGAGCUUUGUGGUGAAGAUAGAGUUGGCCUUCUUUCUGAUGUGACUCGCAUAUUUAGAGAAAAUGGUCUUUCAGUCACCCGAGCUGAGGUUACAACCAGGGGUUCCCAAGCCGUGAAUGUUUUCUAUGUGAUAGAUGCAUCAGGAAAUGAAGUGAAGAGUGAGACAAUUGAAGCAGUUCGGCAAGAGAUUGGUUCAACAAUACUGCGUGUGAAAGAAGACUUCUAUUCAAAAUCUCCACCACAGGAGGGUGUGAGAUUCUCUUUGGGGAAUCUCUUUCGGACUAGAUCGGAGAAGUUCCUUUACAACCUGGGUUUGAUAAAGUCAUGUUCAUGA